GCGCCCGCACCUCCCGGGCCCACCCCUCGGCGGCGCGGAUUGGCCGCCUCUGGGCCGCAUUCCCCCGCCCCCGGGCCCGGCGGGGUCUUCGGCCCAGCGGAAAGUUUUCUGUGCCGGGAGGAAGUUGAACGUUCGCAGACUCCGAGAAAGCAGCUCCGGAGGCUAUAGGGGUCUGGGCCGCCAUGGAGGAGCCCCCUUUGAGAGAGGAAGAAGAGGAAGAGGAGGAGGACGAGGCGGGACCCGAGGGGGCUCUGGGCAAGAGCCCCUUACAGCUGACCGCUGAGGACGUAUAUGACAUCUCCUACGUGAUGGGCCGUGAGCUGAUGGCCCUGGGCAGUGACCCCCGGGUGACACAACUGCAGUUCAAGAUCGUCCGCGUCCUGGAGAUGCUGGAGACGCUGGUGAAUGAAGGGAACCUGACGGUGGAGGAGCUAAGAUUGGAGCGGGACAACCUCAGGAAGGAGGUGGAGGGGCUGCGGAGAGAGGGCUCGGCUGCCGGGCCGGAGGUGAACCUGGGACCAGACAAAAUGGUGGUUGACCUGACAGAUCCCAACCGACCACGCUUUACUCUGCAGGAGCUGAGGGACGUGCUUCAGGAGCGCAACAAGCUCAAGUCACAGCUGCUGGUGGUGCAGGAAGAGCUGCAGUGCUAUAAGAGUGGUCUGAUUCCACCAAGAGAAGGCCCAGGAGGAAGAAGAGAGAAAGAGGCUUUUGUUCCCAGGGGCAGCAGUGCCAACAGCAACAAGGAGGAGAAGACAAUCAUAAGGAAACUGUUAUAACAAGUUGUUGAAUAUUACUCCAUGUGUGGAAGUUCUCUUUCCGAUCAGGGAAGCAGACCUAGGCCUGAGGCCAUGACUGCGUUCUCAGACACAGAAGACCACCCAGAAAGACGACUUCUACAAUCAUCUCUUGGUGCCAUGCGUACCCACUGCACUUGCUUCUUCGCUUCCCCUCAAAGCCAUCCGAGGAGGAAGGGGUGAAGCUUUCUCCCCAGCUGCAGAACUGAACACCCCUGAACUCUGGGCCAGGGCAGGAGAAGUGGCAAAAGAAAUUGAGAAAGCAGAAGAAAAAAACAGUGGGGUCACCUGCAGCCCCAUUUCAGCCACCCAGGGAGCCCCAAGCAUGCAGAUGGGGAUGCCACCUCUGCGUCCCUGGGCCCACGUCUUUGCCACACAGCAGCGAAAUUCACCAGCCCAAGUGGGGACGGGGAGAGGAUGCAGGAAAACCUGGUAUGGA